ACAGACCGAUGAGGUUUUGAUUCCUGCUGUUUUUUUUCAGGAACAUGAUUGGCUGUGAAGGCCUGAAGGGGUGAGAGCCUGAGAGGUGGCUGCUCCAAUGGCGUGGACCAAGCCACGGCCGCAUCCACACCCAAAUCCAGAACCAAAACUGACACUUUAUAAUCUCAGGACUCACACAUCAGCCACAACUUUUUCAUCAGCCAGUAUUAAAGCCCACCCUCCGGUUUUACUUCCCCUCCUCCUCCUUCUAUUUGCUGCCUUUGCUGACCUUGGUACAGCUGGUCCACCACAACCAGCUCGCCCCCCUCUCCUGUCUGGACAGCCUUUUAUCAUCUUCUGGGGUAUUCCUGACUCUUCCUGCUCCAGUCGGCCUGAUCCUGGAUCUUUUGGGAUGGAACGGGAGGGCCGUGUGAUGGUCUUUUAUGAGGACACACUGGGGAACUACCCAUAUUUUGUAGACCGAGACACAGCAGUCAAUAGGGGUCUACCACAGCACACACGGCUGGAGAGCCACCUUCAGAAGACGCAGCAGGACUUGGAGACAGCUUUACCUGCCCCAAGGUACCUUGGGUUAGGGGUCCUACGCUGGUCAGAGUGGGUCCCCCAGUGGUCAAGAAACCGAGAGAAGCAGGCGAUGUAUCUUGAGGCAUCAAGGAACCUGCUGAAGGCUUUCUUUCCUAGCUGGACCCCGGAAGAGGUGGAGAAGUGGUCACAGGUGGACUUUGAGGCGGCAGCCCAGUCAGUAAUGAUGGAGACUCUAAGGGAGGUCAAAAGGUUAAGGCCCAAAGCAUUAUGGGGCGUCUCCCCUUACCCCAGCUGCUACACCGGCGACCCCACCCAAACCAUGUUAGCCAAUUACACCGGCCAGUGCCCUGCUGCAGAGAUGGCCCUUAACGAUGAGCUCCUGUGGCUAUGGAAACGAUGCUCUGCCCUCUACCCUCUCCUCACGCUGGAGAAGCUGCAGGGUGGAACCUCUGGCGCCAGGCUUUAUUUGUCCAGUCAAAUCAGAGAAGCACAACGAGUAUCAUCUCUGGCUGGAACAGCAUUUGAUCUUCCUGUGUUCCCACUGGUCAAGAGCGUCUACACCUCAACUAAUACUUUCCUGUCACAGGCAGACCUGGUCAGCACCAUCGGAGAGAGUGCUGCCAUGGGAACAGCCGGAGUUGUCAUCUGGGAGAGAAGUGAAACUAAGACAGAGCGGGAGUGUCAGGAUCUGGCAGAGUUUGUCCGUAAAGUCCUGGGACCUUACUCCAUCAACGUAACCACGGCAACUCGACUCUGCUCAGCCUCCCUGUGCCAGGGAAAAGGUCGAUGUGUCCGUCAAAAUCCAGGAAGUUCUGCCUACCUCCACCUCCCGCCCCCCUCAGAAGUGGUGGAGAAGGUGACAGAAAAGGCAGAGGCAGCAAAAGCCACAGAUCAGCCGGACACAGAUGCCAAACCAGCUGAACCAGACCCAGCUGAGAUCUGGAAGAAAGACUUCCAGUGCCAGUGGUACAAGACUGCAGACAGGGACGCUUCAGAUCAGCAGUCCCCCAAGGACGGGGCUUCUGUUGGGGGAACAGUAGAAGAAAAUGCUGGUGAUGUAGUGGGGACUACAACAGCCUCUACAAUAGCUUCAAUGACUAAAGGUGCCUCUGGGACUGAGUUGAGGGGAAGUCCAACGCCUACACUGGCAGUACCUACAGACUGUGCUACAAGUCUGCUGAGUUCCCCAAACCUAACUGUCCUGCUGUUGCUGAUGGCUGCAAGUUUCUGCCUGGAACCUUAAAAUAUGAGCUAAACCAGCCUUCACCUGCAAGGUCGGACCUAUAACUGCAGUUAUGCACCCUACUGAAGUGCCCUUGAGCAAGACAUUGAAUCCCUGCUAGCUUGUGGGAGUGCUGCUCUGUAGCUGAACAUGACCUUUGACCUCCUUAUGAACAUACUGUCAUGUGGGGAUCAAUGGAGUAUCAGAGAAAAAGACAGGACAACAAACUAUUUCCAGCACUGGAAGUCCAAAACUUUUCACUGGAUGUGCCAAGAGACAGCGGUACAAACACUUGUCACUUUUUCAGUUUCUACUGGCUGUGUUUAAACCUUUUAAGAGUGAGCUUUAAAAGAACAGAAAAGACAGCACAAACCAUACUAUAGAGGUUCCAGAAAAUCAGUUUGUAAAACCUGCAAUGAGGUUUGUUUUUUUUGCACAUUUUGUUUAGUCAUUUACUUGUCAGUGCUUUGUUUUGUGGAAAUUACUUCUUUAUUUGAAGGCCUAAUGAACCCAAAAGUUUCCCCUUCCAUUAAAUAUUUGCAUUUGGGUUAAAGUGUCGGUUUACCCAAAUUACAGAAAUAGCAAAUUCAUGGUUACUAUUUCAGUAGAAACUAGUUUCAAUGAAAAUUGUUGACAGUGAAGUUGAUUACUCAGAGUAAGCAGGACACUUUGUGGAACGAGAUGUAAUUUUUCAAUGCUGUGAGCACCAUGAAUGAAUCAACAUUAAACAAAACAAAUACCUCCGUAUGGUUAGAUACCAGUAGUGGUAUCUAACUGUUUUUUAUUUUUUUGUAAUGUGGGUGGACCGACUCUUUAAUCUGCCUUAAAGAGCUGUUGACUGUAAAGUUACUUUUUAUUAAUCAGUCUCAGUUAAAAGUUUUAGAAUAACAUCAUAUAAAUGUUAUUUCGGACAUGCUGAGAAUACAGUUUUGGGACAAACUUUGAAUACUUGUGAUCUCUGAGAUUUUUGUUUGGCAUACACAUUGCUUACUGGCAAAGAAAUCCAGGAUUUACAUUGAUGUCUUCUAUCCAAAAUGUUAAUAUCAUCCUUCAAAAAGCAUAUCUACUGAACUAGAGCACAUUGUGUCUGAGCUCUCUGGUACCCUCUACCUGUGUCCCGGGUAAACUGCACUGUUGAACAUGAGCUCAUUCAAAUGACUCUGAAGAAACGUGUUCAGAGAACACAGUACUUUGGUCCAUGAUAGGCAUUUUUAUAAGUCAAUGUGGUUUAUAUUUGCUUUUUUCCCUGUCCAACUACUUCAGUCCUCCUUGAGGCAGUAUAC